GCGCAGUAAAUUUUGAAACAUUAAAAAAAUCCAACAAUUUUCUGAAAGCUUUCAUCUUUCUACUUUCUUCUUGCGUACCUCUCUAAACGCACUGUUUUAUGGCUGGCAAACAAGCGAAGUCGUCUAAAGGUGUCAACGAUUUGUAUGAUCCCAGUAGAAGGCAUGUACACGCAGAGAAAAUACAACCUUUACCAGAGAACAUGAAAAAGAAGAUUAACCAAAUUCUCGAAGCUAUUCCUUCAAAAAGCAAAAGUGAAAUUGCCGAAGUUCUCCAAGCUUGUAACUACGACGUGGAAACAGCCUUUGGCCAUUGUAUUGCUGACAGUGAAAUGGACAAUCAAAAUGAAUGGGUGGUUCAAGGAAAGCGGAAGAAUAGGAAAAGGAAGAAAACAAAGAAAAGUUUGAAUGGUGAUGGAAACAAUGCAUCGACACAAAAUGAUGCAAACAAAAGUGCUCCUACAGAACCCCCAAGUCAAGAAAAUGUAAUUAACCAUCAGGAUGGAAAAAAAUGUCAAGAAAAAAACCUACUUGAUUUGACAAAUACCAAUGGUCAACAAAAGCCAACAAAGAUAGAAACUCUAAAAAUUGAACAAUCAUUUUCUGCGUCAAAUAUUUCCCAAGUGGAAAAUAUUCCAAUCUCUUCCAACGCAUCUUCUCUCACCUCGGAAAAUGUGCAAGGUGUACCCAAUGCUGGAUCACCUAUAGUUUCUCAUGCAGAGCAAAAUAGCUCAUCAGUGGACUCUCAAACCAAACCCAAUCAAAAUUCUACCAAUGAAAAGCAUCCAACAAGAUUGCAGACGACUUCAGGCUCUGGUCAUGAAGUGAUUAAGAAAUCCUCAAAAGACUUGCAGCGAUCCUCCGUAUCUAUUGCUCGAUAUCAAUCUAUGUUGGAUGAGGAAGCUGAUUCAUCUGUUAAGAUGUUGGCAAAAAGUUUUCAAGCCAUCAGAAAUGCUCUUGACGAGAGAGAAAAGAUUUUAGAAGAGCAAUUGAAGUCGGUCAUCACCGAAGCAAGGGAAAUGUUGGAAGAAAGACAACAGGAUGCUGUUUGUUUACAAUUUAAGUGCAAAGGAGUGAGCAGUAUGACAGCAGAGGAUGUAGCUGAACUUAGGAACGAGAUAAAGCAUUUUGUUGGCGAAAGACGCAUCGAUGAAGAUCUUGGUAAAACGGCGCGUUUCACACGAGAUGAAGAGAAAAUGUUAGAGAUGGUGAAGAAUUUUGGCGAAGUGCCUUCAAUUAAAGAUCAUUACACAAAAUACAAAAGGAAACUUCCAGAGUCUGCUGGAAAGAAUUUAUCUUCACACAAAACCGCAACUUAUUAUAAAACAAAAUCUUCCAAGAAUGAAAUUUCGGCUUCUGAAAUUCCCGCUAAAGAAAUGAACAACAAGGAGAAGGAUGACAAACAAGUUGCCCUCUCUCCUUCUCGACUCAAAUAUCAAGCAGAAAUGCACGCAAAAUUGCAACAAGCAGUAAAAGAGCAGCAGGGCUCCUCUUCAGCCGAUGAAUUCAAGAGAGCAUCAAGUGGAAAAAAUGGAGAUAAACCUGUAAAAGGAAGAGAUUUUGUUGGAAGAGCACCGCGCCAUAACGAUCGUCGCGUUCCAAACUCAAGAUCCAAACAAAAACAAAUAAAUGAUUCAAAGAAUCAUUUCAAAUCAAGCGAGAAUAAAACGGAGAACAAAGCCAAUAACCAAGAACUAGGGAAUAAGGCCAAAUCAAAGACAAUUCCUCAUGGUGAAUCUGAAGGAAGGACGUUGCCAACUCCCGCAUCAACAGAUAAAAUUCGCAAUGAUCAAACUGUCUCACUAGAUGGUACACAGGCCACUCCUAAUGGUCAUCAUGUGCAGGAAAAUAGCAUGAAGCCUGAAGAAACCAGCAGUCAUUUGGGAAAUGGAAAUCAUCAACCUAAACGAACUAAACGAAAAUAUGUUCGAAAAACACUAACUAAUGAUGGUGCAGCUGUGUUUUGUGCAGGGACUGUUGAUCCAUCAAGUAACAAUGUAAGCUUUGCCUUAAUUAACGUCCAAAAAAAUGAUGAUUCAACUGCAUCAAACCAGGCAAAUUCUGAGGUAUUUGUACCUUUACCCCAGAGAAGCGGUAGACCACGUGGGUGUUGGAUGAAGAAAGAAUCAGCAAAUAAGAUCCAGUUUCCACCAUCAAGAGAAAACAAAUCUAUUCCAGCCUGAGCUGAAAGAAAAAUCUUAUAUACUGUAUUGCUCCAACACAAGAGAAAUAAAGUUGAAGUCAUUUAAUUUAUAUAUAUAAAAAUCCCCAUUGGAAUUGAAUUCCUCUCAAAUGAUUGGUAAGAAUGAAAUAAAAAUCACAAUUAUCGGCA